ACCACCCCGGGCUGUGAUUGGUGGGGCUUGUCCCCUGUGUGGCAGGGGAAAUCAGGGGGCUGGGAGUCGAAGCUUGUGAAGUGGGCUGGAGGCUGGCAGAGCCCAGUGAUCCACAGCCUCUUAAACACUAGGUGCACCUCUGAGGGACAGAGAAGUGCAGAGCGACUUUCCUCACUCACUUCCCUCAGAGCCACUUGAGUCCAGGACUAGAGAACAAGAACUAGAAGAGAAGACCAUUGGAAGGCAGAAAGAGAACCUCUAUUUUUGGUGGAUAAAUAAUAACUAAGAGGACCUUUUUGUUCUGAAGGAAAUUUUUAUUUUCUAUAUAAGGAUUCUUUUUUUUUCUACAAUAUUAUAUGAUUCAUUUAUUCUAUUACUUGCACUUUUAUUUUCCUAUCUAAUUCUUUUGGAGAUUCAAAGCUAGCAAGUGAUGGAGUUCCACAGAAGCGGGUCUCUACCCACUAAGGUGAUGGCACUGGCACUGGGACUAAUUUUUCUCACCUCAGCUUCAUCGGUGGAAGAACACGACUACUACAGCUGGCAAUCAGACAACUUCCAGAGCGGGCGUUUCUACACCAAGCAACCACAGUGCGUGGACAUCCCAGCUGAUCUGAGGCUCUGCCAUAAUGUGGGCUACAAGAAGAUGCGGCUGCCCAACCUGCUGGACCACGAGUCCAUGCCCGAGGUGAAGCAGCAGGCUGGUAGCUGGGUGCCACUCCUGUCCAAGCGCUGUCACGCAGACACGCAGGUCUUCCUCUGCUCCCUCUUCGCCCCUGUCUGCCUCGACCGGCCCAUCCACCCCUGCCGUUCGCUCUGUGAGGCUGUGCGUGACAGCUGUGCCCCUGUCAUGGAAACCUAUGGCUUCCCCUGGCCUGAGAUGCUCCAGUGCCAUAAAUUCCCCAUCGACAAUGACCUGUGCAUCCCCAUGCAGUUCUCAGGCAACCAGGCCACUCAGACCCCAGCCUUCAAAGUUUGCCCUCCAUGUGACAACGAGCUGAAGGCCGACACCAUCAUGGAACAUUUCUGUGCCAGCGACUUUGCUCUGAAGAUGAAGAUCAAGGAGGUGAAGAAGGAGAAGGGAGACCGCAAGCUGAUCGCGGCUCAGAAGAAGAAGAAGGUGCUAAAGAUGGGGGUGCUGCGCAAGAAGGACCUAAAGAAGCUGGUGCUCUACAUCAAGAACGGAGCCAACUGCCCCUGCCACCAACUGGACAACCUGAACAGCAACUUCCUCAUCAUGGGCCGCAAGGUGGACCAGCAGCUGCUGCUCAUGUCCAUCCACAAGUGGGAGAAGAAGAGCAAGGAGCUCAAAUUUGCUGUGAAGUACAUGAAGUCACAGCAGUGCCCCACCUACCACACUGUCUUUCAGUGACCCCCACACAGGCCAG